UGUGGAUGGAUUUGUCAUGUCUUUCUGAGACCACCACGUACGUCAUAACAAUGCGACGAAAAGCACAUGCAACGUAAACACAUGAAACGUGCGAUAUUUUGCUAAAAUUUAGUGAAAUGGCACCACCAGCACAGCAGAAAAUGAAGACCAAGGGCACAUUUGACGGAAAACGUGCCAAUAGAAACCAACCCUACAAUCGACCAGGGGGCAAGAAGAAGUGGGUCUCUGAGCACAAAGUAUUCGACGGCAGUAUUGGAGAAGGCCAGGGCUUUGCCUUCAAAAGGAAGGAGAAAGUGAAACAUGAAUACAACAAACUGCUACGGAAGGAGAGGAGGAAGAACACAGAGGUCAAAACCCAAUAUACAGAACAGUACCCCGAACAUCUGAGGCAUCUCUACGAGGCUGAGGCCGAGAAACUGAGGAAUGAGGUUAAGACGAACAGAAUCAACAGAACCAAAGCUAGGAUGGCUGGCAGUGGUGGUCCAGUAGAGGAGGAAGCAGCUCCCAUGGCUGUGAAGGAAGCUCCCACGGACCUAGCUACAGCCAUAGACCCUGCAGAGGACAUCUCCUCUGACAAGACUGACUCUGCCUCUCAGCCCACUCCAGCAGUUGCGACCUCAAAGAAUGACAGUCUACCCAUGAGUAACCAGAGUAAAAAGACAAUGCAACAUGUUAAUGUGUCGUUGUGUUCCAGUCUACCCAUGAGUAACCGGAGUAAAAAGACAAUGCAACAUGUUAAUGUGUCGUUGUGUUCCAGUCUACCCAUGAGUAACCGGAGUAAAAAGACAAUGCAACAUGUUAAUGUGUCGUUGUGUUCCAGUCUACCCAUGAGUAACCGGAGUAAAAAGACAAUGCAACAUGUUAAUGUGUCGUUGUGUUCCAGUCUACCCAUGAGUAACCGGAGUAAAAAGACAAUGCAACAUGUUAAUGUGUCGUUGUGUUCCAGUCUACCCAUGAGUAACCGGAGUAAAAAGACAAUGCAACAUGUUAAUGUCUCGUUGUGUUCCAGUCUACCCAUGAGUAACCGGAGUAAAAGACAAUGCAACAUGUUAAUGUGUCGUUGUGUUCCAGUCUACCCAUGAGGAACCGGAGUAAAAAGACAAUGCAACAUGUUAAUGUGUCGUUGUGUUCCAGUCUACCCAUGAGUAACCGGAGUAAAAAGACAAUGCAACAUGUUAAUGUGUCGUUGUGUUCCAGUCUACCCAUGAGUAACCGGAGUAAAAAGACAAUGCAACAUGUUAAUGUGUCGUUGUGUUCCAGUCUACCCAUGAGUAACCGGAGUAAAAAGACAAUGCAACAUGUUAAUGUGUCGUUGUGUUCCAGUCUACCCAUGAGUAACCGGAGUAAAAAGACAAUGCAACAUGUUAAUGUGUCGUUGUGUUCCAGUCUACCCAUGAGUAACCGGAGUAAAAAGACAAUGCAACAUGUUAAUGUGUCGUUGUGUUCCAGUCUACCCAUGAGUAACCGGAGUAAAAAGACAAUGCAACAUGUUAAUGUGUCGUUGUGUUCCAGUCUACCCAUGAGUAACCGGAGUAAAAAGACAAUGCAACAUGUUAAUGUGUCGUUGUGUUCCAGUCUACCCAUGAGUAACCGGAGUAAAAAGACAAUGCAACAUGUUAAUGUGUCGUUGUGUUCCAGUCUACCCAUG